GUCGCAGUUGCAUACAGCAGAAUUUUAGAAACCCUUUCCAACAAUGUUCAACUUCGAAAAGAUUUCCAACGAAAUUUUGGCCCGCGUCGAGUGUCCUGGGACUGAAAAGCAUUACAAGGUUUCGUUGCGAGAUGGACUGCCCAACAGUGCACCGAGUAAUUUGAAAGAUGGUACCAGUAGAUAUAGUGUAAUGAUCGAAACAUUUUUGCCAAUUGCCGAGAGAAUAAAAAAGCUUGAGGUGUUCAAGGAUGAUGUGUGGGUUAUCACGUUUCCCAAGUGUGGUACCACUUGGACCCAGGAAAUGGUUUGGUUGCUGAAUAAUGAUCUAAACUUUGAGUGUGCGAAAAAACUGUCCCUGGAGGAGAGAUUCCCUUUCUUGGAAUUAACAGGAGCCUUGAGUCUUAUAGGCGGCGACUCGGUGGGUGAUGUCGAACGCCUUUCCAGACCACGGCAUAUAAAGUCGCACCUUCCCGUAAUGCUUCUGCCAGAUCAGGUGUGGACCGUAAAACCAAAGAUCGUGUACGUUUCGCGAAAUCCAAAAGAUGCUGCGACAUCCUUCUAUCAUCACUACCGUAAUAUUGUCGGUUACGAUGGACCCAAGGAGAAUUUUUUUGACGCGUUCCUGAGUGAUAAUUUGAUCUAUGCGCCUUUCGGUGAGCACGUGUUGGAUUAUUGGCAGCUGAGAAACGAAGAUAAUGUAUUGUUCAUAACGUUCGAACAAAUGAAACGAAAUCUGAGGAAAGUGAUACUAUCGGUGGCAACGUUUCUGGGAAAAUCGUAUAAUGAUCGGGAGAUUGAUGCGCUUGAGGGGCACUUGUCGUUGGAUUCGAUGAGAGCUAAUAAAUCAUGCAACAUGGACGCACUGGUAGAAUGGGCAAAAACAACGAAUUAUAGCGAUCUAAGAAAAAAGAAUGGUGCGAACGAAUUUAGAUUCAUUAGAAGCGGAAAAGUUGGCUCCUACAUGGACGAUAUGAAUGAUGAAUAUGUUGCACGUUUCGAUGAUUACGAGAAAAGAAUAACUGCCAGCAAAAACUUUCGUUUCCAUUUUUAAAGGCCUUUUAUUUUAUAUAACUCACUUUUUUUAGUACUUGGC